AUGGGUGAAUGUUGCCUCAAAGGCUUCCGCUGGGAUGCCCAGCCAAAGGGCUAUGAGGCUAAACUUGGAAACAACAAUUGUUACGUGACUGGAUCGAACUCCAACGUCGCAAUUAUGAUCAUCCACGAUCUCUACGGAUGGAAGUUCCCCAAUAUUCGCAUUCUGGCCGAUCACUAUGGGGAGGAAGUGAAUGCAGUUGUAUACGUACCAGAUUUCUUCGCCGGCGAAGAACUCCCACUGGAUAUCCUCCAAGAUCAAAGUCAAUGGCAUAAGCUUGAUCUUCCUGCAUUUAUCGGUCGUCAUUCCAGGACCUCCCGGGAGCCUGAAAUCGUUGACUGUGCCAAAGCCCUUCGCUGCCAGUACCACCGCAUCGGAGCCGUCGGGUUUUGUUACGGAGGUUGGGGAGUGUUCCGUCUCGGAGCCAAGGGUAAUGACUUGGUAGACUGCAUUUCGACAGCACAUCCGAGUUUCCUGGAAAAGACCGAUAUUAACCACAUUGGCGUGCCUGUGCAGAUCAUGGCCCCGGAAAUUGACCCCAUGUUUACGCCGGAAUUGAAGGCUCAUAGCAAUCAGAUCAUUCCGACACUCGGGGUGGCUUAUGAUUAUCAAUAUUUUCCGGGGUUGGAGCAUGCGUUUGCUGUGCGAGGAGAUCCGAAGAAGGAGGGUGAGCGGAAGGGGAUGGAAAGGGCGAAGAGUGCGGCGGUUUCCUGGCUUAAACUCUGGUUGAAUGAUAUCUAA